AUGCGCCCUCUUACAGAAGAAGAGACAAAGACCGUUUUCUCGAAGCUCGCCAACUACACCGGCCGCUCGCUUAACCACCUUAUCGCGCCUCCAGCCGGGUCUGACGAAGCUGCGUCCAACGACCGCUACGUUUUCCGUCUGCAUGGCACUCGAGUAUACUAUGUUCGUCUGUCAAUAGCCAAUCUGGCGACCUCGGUUUCACGAAAAAAUCUCCUCUCGCUGGGCACCUGCAUCGGGAAGUUCACAAAGAGUGGAAAGUUCAGGCUGCACAUUACUGCCUUGGAUGUGAUAGCACCGCACGCGAGGUACAAGGUGUGGAUCAAGCAGAAUGGAGAGAUGCCGUAUCUCUACGGAGGCAAUGUCGUCAAGGCGCAUGUUGGCCGAUGGAGUGACGAUUGCCCUGAGCACCAGGGUGUGGUGGUUUUUGGAAUGGAUGAUACUCCUCUGGGCUUUGGAGUAACAGCUCGAUCGACUGCUGAGGCGCGAAAACUGGACCCGACGGGCAUCACCGUUUUCCGGCAGGCAGAUAUAGGAGAGUACCUGAGAGAGGAAGAUACGCUCUUCACGGGCUAA